GGAGCAUCAAUUGGGUUUUUGGUUACCUUGUGUCCAAAAAGAAGCAAAGAAAUCCGAGAAAUGUUUUAAUGGCUCUCACACUUUCCUUCUUUCUCUUUUUCUUGGGAGUCAAAUAAAUAAAGAAAGAAAGUCACAACUGAAAAAGACUGCUACUACCCCUUCCCUUUCCCUCUCUCUCUUCCUCUGUUCCCUAAUAGCCUCUCGUUCUUCCUCUAAAUCUACCUCUCUAUUCUUGGAUUCACCUUCGUAUCUUACACUUGACACUCUGUAGGGUUGAACACAGCUUGAUCUGGUUUGGACUUUCAUUCUUAAUUUGUAGUUAACUUGUUCAUGGUUUAUUCUCCAAAUUCAAGCACAAAUAGAACUGUAAGACUUUGAAGAUUUCUGGGUCUGGCUCAAACAUUACGUAUUUUUAAACUUUUUCAAGUGGACUGGGCAUGGUGGGUCAAGAGGAUGGGAAUCCUCUGGUUCCGCGCCAGCUUCCUUCUGCUGCUGGGAACCGCAAAAUGUUCUGGCGCUCUGCGUCUUGGUCUUCUUCUAGGACUGCCCUUCAAAACCCUGAAGCUGAAGAGAAAGACUGUGUCAUAGAUCCAAAUAGUAAUGAUAUCGGAAAUGGUCACAAUGGGCAAAAUCGUAGGUACCCUGCUCCCUUAACCCCACGGUCCCAACAAAACUGUAAAGCGCGGUCAUGCUUGCCGCCUCUGCAGCCGUUGGCUAUUUCUCGCAGAAGUUUAGAUGAGUGGCCAAAAGCAGGUUCCGAUGAUUUGGGCGAGUGGCCUCAGCCGAUCACCCCUGGUGGGAACAAGAGUGGUGAGAGAUUGAAGCUUGAUUUAUCUUCAAUCCAAAGAAAUCCGGAUAGGAAUUCUGGGUCAGUGAAGAGAGAUAGGAUUGCUUUUUUUGAUAAAGAAUGCUCAAAAGUAGCGGAACAUGUGUAUCUUGGUGGGGAUGCUGUUGCAAAGGAUAGGGAGAUUUUGAAACAGAAUGGAAUUACCCAUGUGCUGAAUUGCGUGGGUUUUGUCUGUCCCGAGUAUUUCAAGGCUGAUUUUAUGUAUAGGACCUUGUGGUUGCAGGAUAGUCCCUCAGAGGAUAUUACAAGUAUUCUUUAUGAUGUUUUUGAUUAUUUUGAGGAUGUUAGGGAACAGGGUGGAAGGGUUUUUGUUCAUUGUUGUCAAGGGGUUUCGCGGUCCACCUCAUUGGUGAUAGCAUAUCUUAUGUGGAGAGAAGGUCAGAGUUUUGACGAUGCCUUUCAAUAUGUGAAAGCAGCAAGAGGUAUUGCUGACCCCAACAUGGGUUUUGCUUGCCAGUUAUUACAGUGCCAGAAGAGGGUCCAUGCAUUCCCUCUUAGCCCUAGUUCGUUGUUGAGGAUGUAUAGAAUUGCCCCACACUCACCAUAUGAUCCCUUACAUCUUGUCCCCAGAAUGUUGAAUGAUCCUUCACCGUCUGCUUUGGAUUCUAGAGGUGCCUUCAUUGUUCAUAUUCCUUCUGCAAUAUAUAUCUGGAUUGGUAAAUAUUGUGAGGCUAUUAUGGAAAGGGAUGCUAGAGGGGCUGUAUGUCAGAUUGUUCGUUACGAGAGAGCUCAAGGGCCAAUAAUUGUAAUGAAAGAAGGGGAGGAGCCAGCUUAUUUUUGGGAUGCUUUUUCAAAUUAUCUACCUUUAAUGGAUAAAUCUCGGAAUGGGGUGGAUGCUGGGGAACCAGCUGUUAAAAUUUGCCCUGGUGAGAGAAAACUGGAGGCUUAUAAUGUUGAUUUUGAGAUUUUCCAAAAAGCUAUUAAGGGAGGAUUUGUGCCUCCUUUUGCAUCAUCAGAGAAUGAACAUGAAACCCACCUUCCAGCUAGAGAAAGCAGUUGGAGUGUGCUAAGGCGGAAAUUUGCCCCGAGUGACAUGAAGGAAUUUGUCUCAGCACCGAAGAUAUUUCUGUCCAGAGUCUAUUCAGAUUCUAUGAUGAUUGUGCACUCCUCAUCACCGUCAUCUUCGUCGUUGUCAUCAUCUUCAUCUUCUUCACCUCCUUAUCUCUCUCCAGAUUCCAUUUCUUCUGAUUCUAGUACUAGCUCAAAGUAUUCCUCAGAAUCUUCCCUAGAUUCUCCUUCAGCAGCUUCAUGUUCUGUCCUUGUAUCUUCAACAUUAUCUAACUUCUCUAAUUUGUCACUUCUUUCGUCUAAGGCUUCUUCUAAACCAUCAUCUAACACUCCUGAAUUUCAUGCUGUCAGUAGCAUCAAUAGCAUGUCAAAUCAUUGUUCUCAAGUGACUUCCUCACCAUCUAAAAAAUCUUCACCUUCACUUGCAGAACGCAGAGGUAGCUUGUCAAAGUCUUUGAAGCUGCCAGUGAUGACUGAUAAGGGGGUGACUAAAAUUCCUCCGAGUUCACUUGACUGCCAGAAAGAUGGUGCUAGGAUAAACGAGAAUAAUUUCUCUUGGUGUAAUUCAAAUAGUAUAGAAAUUGUUUUAGAGUCCAAGAAUGAUUCUAAAGGAGAUGAAGAUUCAAGGCAACAACGCAAGUUGAAUAUAUCUCUAGAUAGAGUAGCUGGUGCUGACUUGUGUCGCGAAGAAACUGCCAUUGUAAAUGAUUAUGAUUGCUCAGAUAGAAAUUCUCCUUUGGAAGAAGGCUUGGGGUGUUCUAUUACAAAUGGGAAGGAGGAAAGUGUUUCAUCUUGUUGUAAUCGAAUGCAACCAUUGGUAUUCAAUUGGCCCAGUUUGGAAAGAAUCACAACUUUUGGUACCAGUGGCUUGGAUUCUAAGGCUGCAUUUGCAAUUUUAGCGCCAACUAAAGAUUUAGGCAGAGAUGAGAGUAGGGUUCUAUAUUUUUGGUUGGGAAGGUCUUUCCCAUUUGAUGAGAACCUGAUUCAGUUAGAUUGCUGCAAAGGAUUGAUGGAUGUGAAACAUACUGACUGGAAUCAAGUAGGUUGUCAUGUUCUAACUCAAAUGGGUCUUCCAAAGGAUAUCCCCGUUAAGAUUAUCAGAGAAGAUGAAGAACCAGUGGAAUUUCUUGCAUUGUUGAACUCGUUAUAGCAUCACUGUGAUCUAGGAGGAUCCUUUCAAUAGCUUACAUCUUUCACUUGCAUCAGCUGUCCUAAUUUACAUCACAAGUUUAGAAUCGCAAAAAAUGAACUUUCGUGAUGAAAUCAUGAGGCGGCUGCUUUCAAGCUAUUUGCGGCUGUUCAUCUGGUUGUACAGUACUUAACACCCUCAUAACUGAAUCAUUUUGUCCCAUAAAUUUAAUGUUCUUGUAUAUUCAUUAUUGUCAAAAACAAAUUGCUGAAGGCCUUUCUGGGAAAAAUAGAUACACUUAAAUUCUGCCUACUGAUUGAUUCUCAUUUUCUUUUUGAAAUUUCUGUUUGGGUUGGUGUAACUUUGCAUGCCUAGUGUACUGUCCUUGGCAUGCUUUAACACUUCCUUCUGAAGAUAUGCUGACAUGUAAGUGCUGAUGGUGAAAAUUGGCUAGCCGGCUGUCAUUUUCAUCUCAAACUUCUGUUUCAGAGGGAAGAUUUUACAAUCUUGUGCAUGCAUAUGUAUAAAAAUCACAACCCGUGUAUGCUUUAUACUUCCAGAAAAGGGGUUUGCACUUUGAUGAUUUUUUUCCCCUUGUUAAUUGGACUGGAUAAGCCAUGGUUGGAAACUAUUGUUUUUUGGCUA